CAGAUGAAAAUAUAAAAUUAUUAUAUUAAAUUUGCUAUAAACAAAAGAAAAACAACACACAAAUUAUUAUUCGACAGCGUUUUGAAAAUUCGCAAAUUUUUAUACAGUCAUCCAAUAAAAGCGACCUGCAAUCAUCAACGCCGUAAAACAUAAUACUCACAUAAGUACGUACUCGUACCCAACACGAGUGCACUACAUGCACACAAUAGUACCUGUACCUGGAAAAGCGCUGCAAUUUAAAAAAAUGAUGUUUGAAAACACGUUGAACCGGUGCCGUACGGCGUUUGACAGUUGUUUGAAAAAAUUGAAUUUAGAUGUAAGUACCUUUGACUACAUAUGCCAGUUUCUCGGCGAGUUUAUCGGCACCGCAAUGUUGGUAUUUCUCGGCUGUAUGGGAGGUUCCUAUGAUGACAGCCUCGAACACAGCGUAUUUCAGUCGGCAUUUACUAUUGGCUUAGUAGUGAUGGUGAUCUCACAUUGUUUCGGUUGCAUUUGUGGAGCACAUUUAAAUCCCGCCAUCACAUUGGCCGUUUACAUUUACGAUAUGAUCUCACUAACAAUGGCGGGCGUUUACAUUUUGGGACAACUACUUGGCGCUUUUCUCGGUUACGCUCUGAUGAUUGCACUAAUACCAGACAGUGCCGUGAAGUUGGGCGGUGCCGCACAUGGUGUCUGCGUUGCCACACCACAUCCAGAUAUUACCACAAUGCAAGGAUUUUGGAUUGAAUUCGUCCUCACUGCAAUGCUGAUAUUCACCACCUGUAGUGCGGCGGAUUCACGAAACAUUACAUUUCAAGACUCAUUGUCGAUUCGGUUCGGCUUAACCGUUACCUGCCUUACUCUCGCUGGGGGUCAAUACACUGGUGCUUUGACGAAUCCUUUCAAAGCUGUUGCCUCAUCCGUCUGGACUUCCGAUUACCAGGACCAAUGGGUAUUCUGGGCGGCGCCAAUGCUCAGUUCAGCGGUUAGCGCCACGUUUUACAAAGUGAUUUUCAAACGCGAUAUGGUAGAGCGAGAGUUGAACGAAAAGAGAUGACUAGAAUUGGCAUCUGAAUAAACACAUCUCUCGAAAAAGUUAAAGUGUUAUAAAGUAUUGAAAUAACGGUGGUGAUAAACAUUCGGAGCGGAUCGACAUGCAUACUACACACAUACAAGCCUGCAUCUUCGCGUGUCAUUCAAGCAACGCCUUCACACACAAUUUAAAGUUGUUGAAGGAAUUUGAUUCUACUUCAAUGUGUCAAAUAACAAUCAUAUGCCAAAUGUAUAUAUUUUUUUUCCAUUCACAUCAUUUCAUUUGCUUCAUAAAUUCUAUAUGCCCAUUUUCUCGAUGGUAAUAGUAAAUAAUAAAGGCAUACAAGUUUUUUGUAUAACCUAAUUUUU